UGUGUGUGUGUGUGUGUGUGUGUGUGUGUGUGUGUGUGUGUGCGCUCACUGAGGAGGCUCUGGCAGGUCUAGUGGGCGGAACCUAGAUCUUCAGAAUCUCCCUGAACCCUUUCCCCAACCCCUAAUCAAGGCCUGAGAACUGACUCAAGAGAGAAUAUUUACUAUUGAGAAUGGAUCCCUUUCCUAAAUCUGUGAUGGCUGGAGGACGCAGGCAGACCUGGAUUGGCUUUGUGACCUUGAGCAAGGGGCUCAACCUUUCAGCUUCCCAUCUCCUCAUCUGCACAGCAGGGCUCUCUAAUAAUAAUACCGGACACCGACUGUGAGGCCGGCUCCUGGGUGAAGUAGUCCCUAAGCCUCAGAGCUAGCUCACUUUCAUCAUCGUGGCCCUGGAAGGUAGGUAUCUUUAUUACUCCGUUGGCUGGGGAAACCGAGGCUGAAUGGGGAGGGGGAUAAGAUCCCUUUCUCCUUCCCUCCCAGUCUUCUCUCCUUCAAGAAGUUUGGGCUGGGACCCCAAAGAUCUGAGUGCAAGAUCAGGGCCCCCUGAAGGGCUUGUGGGAGUUCCUCUUCCUCCACAGAGCCCAGGAUGCUUCUCAGCUGAAGCGGCUCAUGGAACCCUCGGCCACUCCCGGGGCCCAGCCCGGAGUCCCCACCGGCAGCGGGGAACCCUUCCACCUUCCUCCGGACUAUGAGGACGAGUUCCUCCGCUACCUGUGGCGCGAUUAUCUCUACCCGAAGCAAUACGAGUGGGUUCUCAUCGCAGCCUACGUGGCCGUGUUCCUCAUAGCCUUGGUGGGCAACACACUGGUCUGCCUGGCUGUGUGGCGGAACCACCACAUGAGGACAGUCACCAACUACUUCAUUGUCAACCUGUCCCUGGCAGAUGUGCUGGUGACUGCCAUCUGCCUGCCUGCCAGCCUGCUAGUGGACAUCACCGAAUCGUGGCUCUUCGGCCAUGCCUUGUGCAAGGUCAUCCCCUACCUACAGGCCGUGUCAGUGUCAGUGGCAGUGCUGACUCUCAGCUUCAUCGCCCUGGACCGCUGGUAUGCCAUCUGCCACCCGUUGUUGUUCAAGAGCACAGCUCGCCGGGCCCGUGGCUCCAUUCUAGGCAUCUGGGCUGUGUCACUGGCUGUCAUGGUGCCCCAGGCCGCUGUCAUGGAGUGCAGCAGUGUGCUGCCUGAGCUAGCCAACCGCACCCGGCUCUUCUCUGUCUGUGAUGAGCACUGGGCAGAUGAGCUCUACCCCAAGAUCUACCACAGCUGCUUCUUCAUUGUGACCUACCUGGCCCCGCUGGGCCUCAUGGCCAUGGCCUACUUCCAGAUCUUCCGCAAGCUCUGGGGCCGCCAGAUCCCUGGUACCACAUCAGCCUUGGUGAGGAACUGGAAGCGGCCCUCAGAACAACUGGAGGCUCAGCGCCAGGGCCUGUGUGCAGAGCCCCAACCCCGGGCCCAAGCCUUCCUGGCCGAGGUGAAGCAGAUGCGAGCUCGGAGGAAGACGGCUAAGAUGCUAAUGGUGGUUCUGCUGGUUUUUGCGCUCUGUUACCUGCCCAUCAGUGUCCUCAAUGUCCUUAAGAGAGUGUUCGGGAUGUUCCGCCAAGCCAGUGACCGGGAAGCCGUCUAUGCCUGCUUUACUUUCUCCCACUGGCUAGUGUAUGCCAACAGUGCCGCCAACCCCAUCAUCUACAACUUCCUCAGUGGCAAAUUUCGGGAGCAGUUUAAGGCCGCCUUCUCUUGCUGCUUGCCUGGUUUGGGUCCCCGCUCCUCUGCCAGACACAAGUCCGUGUCUUUGCAGAGCCGGUGUUCUGUCUCCAAAGUCUCUGAGCAUGUCCUGCUGACCAGCGUCACCACAGUGCUGUCCUAAGUGGGGGCCCGCCCAGGCUCUGGGAGGCACAGCCCAGUCCUUUGCCUGGGAUCCGCCCCAGCACUCAUGAAAAGACUGCUGCUGCUCAGCGAGAGGUUGUGACUCCAGUCCUGGCUUUCUGCCUGGGUGACUCAGCCAGAGCCAUUCCCUCUCCGAGGUUGUGUCCCCUAAGCAGGGUUGAUAGGAGGCUUACGCAUACUCAAGAAAGCUGUAAACCAUCUAGUGCUGGAGACAUGGUUAGUGGUACCUGCCGUGUGGCCGGCUAUACCCUACAGUGUCACCUCACCCUUUCAGAGCUUGGCUUUCUUCCCAAAGACCUGUCUCCUACCCAAUUAUAGGCCUUUCCUGGCUGGACUCUGCUCCAAAGGUCCCCACAGGCAUAGUCAACUGGCCUGGAGGCCACCCAAAGCCCCGACCGAAUAUGGCCAGCUGCUCUGAGGUCCCUGUGAACUAAUUCGGGUCCAGCCCUUCUCAGUGGGCUCUGAAGCACAGCUCACCCUCUCCAGGUGUGGACUGCAUGCACCACAGGCUGGAUCUCGUUGGCAUUGUGGAGUGCUUAAACACUCUCCAUGUGGCCGUUCAGCGUGGAGGCCAGCAGCCCGAAGCAAUUGUAAUUAAAAGCCUGGCACUGACUGUUC